AUUAAAGGAUGAUCGAGCCUUCGUUUAGGUUAUUGCACCAAAUUUGUUCAUCGCGCAGGCGGGGAAAACGCCGGUAUUCAAACAUUUCAUGACACAUUUCAGUAGUUACUCGAUUAUUUUGACAUGGAUAACUUGGGAUAUGUGCAGGAAGACAACGGAAGGGUUUUUGCCAUCUCACAUUUAGAAAAAACAACGACAAGUAUAUGUACAACAGACGAGUGCCUUAGAUCAGCUACAAAUUUUAAGUAUUCAAUAGACUAUAGCGUAGACCCUUGCACUGAUUUUUACCAGUUCACCUGUGGAAAAUGGUCGGAAGAACAUCCAAAUCAUGGCUGGUACCCAUCGUUUUCCACUUUUUCUACCAUCGAUGAAAAAUUGACGAUACAUAUGAUGAACUUUUUUGAAUCUGAAAAAAAAGAUGAUGAACCCCAAGCAGUGGUUAAAGCCAGAAAUUUAUAUAAAUCUUGUAUGGAUGUAGGAGCAUUAAACAAUCUGGGAUUAUUAAUAGUUUACAAGUAUCUUAAUGUUAGUGGAUUACCAGUGAUACCAGCGUUUUUAAAUAAAACAGAGGAUGAACAACAGCAGUUUAAAUUUGACUGGCUAAAUGUUGAAGCAGGCUUGAAAAAAACUUUUGCAAUGGACGUCUUUUUUGGUUUUGUAGUCCCUUUUAAAAAACGGGCAUCACUUCUUAUCAAGUUGAAAGGCGAAAAAAACGACGAUUUGGAUGAUAUGGAUAAUGAUGAUGAUGAUGAUGAUGAUUCAGAUUCAAGCGAAGAAUACGAUCUUCUUGUUAGAACUACUAGAGGAUUAUUAUUUAACUAUAUUGUUAAGGAAAUAUCAAAAAAUAAUUCCGCACCAAUUCCUGAAAAUAGUUUAUUACAAGAUGGAGCGGACUAUAUUAAUAACAUUACAGAUUAUAUAAAAGAGGUAACUAAAAAUUAUACUGGUGAUCCUGAUUCUUACAACAUAUACGGCAAAACGAUAUUUGAAGCCCAAAAAGAUUUGGACCUAGCACUCUCAAAUUAUACCACCAAAACAUUUCCAAACUUUUACAGCAUAUAUUUAACAUACAUCUUCAAAAAUAGCGGUGUCACUUUGGAUCCAAACACCGAUUUGAUUUAUUUCUACGAAAGAGAAGAAAAGUUUAUACCUAUAAUGUUGGCAUAUGUUCUGGAUAUGCCUGAGGUAGUGAUUGAAUUGUACUUAUGGUGGAUUACUGUGUAUUCUAUGAUUAUGAAUACGUCUUCAGAAAUUAUAACCUACAUUUCGAGACAGGUUUUACCUUUUUAUGGAGAGGGCGAAGUUGUCAGGACGAGAUCGAUGGAGUGUACAUCUCUAGUGGGUUCUUACAUGGGUAUGGCAGUUAGUUACGUAUUGGCAGAUAAAUCUUUUAAGGAUAUUACAAAACCAAAGGUAGAGAGAAUGAUAAACGACAUAAAAACAGCAUUUGAGGAACAAGUUCACAAUGCCAAAUGGAUGGAUAAGAAAACCAAAAAAGCUACAUUAGAUAAAUGCCAAGAAACUCUUAGUUUUGUUGGGUAUCCUGACUGGCUUUUCAACAAUGGUUCAUUAGAUGCCUAUUAUGAGGGUGUUGAAGUCUUACCGGCAACGUAUUUGGAAAAUAUGAUAAAUAUAAUAAAGGCAGAUACCAAAAAGAUAAAUUUACUUAGGGAAACCAAUCAUAGAAAUUGGUCAACAGAUCCAAAUACUGUUAAUGCCUACAAUUCGUUUUUUGAUAAUGCAAUCAAUGUGCCUAUGGCAAUUUUAAAUUAUCCGAUGUAUAAUUUGGGAUUAGAGUUUUUAAAUUACGGUUCAAUUGGAUCAAUAUUAGGACAUGAACUAACGCAUGGAUUUGAUAAUUCAGGAAGAAAACAUGAUAAAUAUGGAAACUACAUACAAUGGUGGUCAAAUUCAACCAUAAACACCUUUGAAGAUUUGACAACAUGUUUCAUCGAUCAAUAUGACAAUUAUACACUUGAUGGGGUGGAAGGUCAUGUUAAUGGUAAAAAAACAUUGGGGGAAAACUUAGCUGACAAUGGAGGAGUCAAUCAAGCAUUUAAGGCUUAUGUUAAUUUUGUUAGGAAAAAUGGCCACGAAAGUAAACUACCCGGUUUUGAGAAUUACACCAAUUAUCAACUAUUUUUUAUUGCUUACGGAAGUAUUUGGUGCGAAACAACAUCACCAGAUGAUUUAGAAAGUCAAUUAGAAUCGGACGAACAUUCUCCAAAUUCAGUUAGAGUAAUUGGAACACUUCAAAAUUCUGAAGAUUUUGCAAGAAUCUUCAAAUGUCCCAAAGGAAGUAAAAUGAAUCCUGAUAGAAAAAAAUGUAAAAUAUGGUGAUAAUAAUAGCUAACUAUUUGUCAUCUAAAAUGUAUAUUUAAACUUUUAAGUAUUUGAAAACAGGCUAUAAAAAUCAGCUGAUCCGUCCAAUGCAAUUAAAAAUAUACAUAUUAUUUAUAAACAAAACCAAUCAAAGCUAAACGCUGUGUUCGUCCAUAAGUCAUAUCUACCAAAGACAUUGAUUUUUAACAGGUUAAGUACCAUAAAGUGAAAACAAUUCUGACAAUGGUUUUUCUGCUAAAUACCUACCCGUUAUUUGCCAAUUUGCAUCUUAAUAAAUAGGUUGUACAUGAUUCCAAUGGUCUCAUAUUGCCUACUAGACAAAACUAGCAUAAGACCACGUUGAACUCAUAUGAUACUUACUGUUAAAUUAGAGUUAGCCUAAUUUAUUGUAAUUAGUGUAAUUAAAGUAUAGUUAAAUUGACCAAGAAACCAAAAAGUUACUAAAAGUUGUGAAGUAUUCUUUUAUAGAUAUUAUUUAUAUUUACAUAAUGUUGAAAACAUUUUAUUUGGCGAUGCAAUAUUUAAAAUUUAAUAUAUUUUUUUAACAA